AUGAGCGGGUGCGCCACCACAACUGCUGCUCCGGUGCCUGCAGCCCGCUUGCUUCGCACUUCGUCUCAGGCCGUGCUGUGCAGUAUCCAGCAGGGUCAGCCAUUGCUUGCUGGUACGCCCCAGCCCCACCUCAUCCUGUCCUCCUGUGAUUCCAUGGUGAUUUGGAGUUGCUCUUCUUGUCUCCGUGGAUUCAUUCCCAGAGCGGCAUGGAGGAGGCACUACCCACUCUUGUCUCCCAGGCCUACUGCAUCGCCGCCUAUCCACCACUUCUCCUCCUCCUCCGCUCGACGGUCCACCAAGAAAUCUGCCGCAAAGGCGCCAAUGCACUCCUCCAUUCUUGCCGCAAAGGCGCCAAUGGACUCUUCCAGAGAGCCCUUCUAUGUCAUCCGCAAAGGGGAUGUCAUUGGCAUCUACAAGACCCUCAGUGAUUGCCAAGCCCAAGUCAGCAAUUCGGUAUGUGACCCUCCAGUCACUGUCUACAAAGGCUAUUCUCUGCGUAAAGAAACUGAGGAAUAUCUUGCUGCGCGUGGGUUAAGGAACGCUGUCUAUUCCAUUGAUGCAGCAGAUGCAAGGGACGAAUUGUUUGGCGAUCUGGUUCCCUGCCCUUUCCAGCAACCUGAUGAAACCAAACAAUCUACUUUGAAAAUGUCACAGGAGAUGGAAACCAGACCGUCACAGCAUUCCAAAGCUGCUGAUCUGGAAACAUUACCUGAUAGUGAACUCUCUUGUAUUCUUGAAUUUGACGGAGCUUGUAAAGGAAAUCCUGGGAAAUCAGGUGCUGGAGUCAUAAUUCGGCGGUUAGAUGGAUCUGUGAUUGCUCUACUACGUGAGGGUUUGGGUGUUAUGACCAACAACGCUGCUGAAUAUCGUGCAUUGAUCCUGGGGCUAAAUUAUGCUUCCAAGAAGGGAUUCAAGUAUAUUCGUUGUCAAGGUGAUUCUAAGCUUGUCUGUAACCAGGAAUUCAACUCGGAUGCUGACGUUCAAGCUAACUUUGGAACCCAACUUGCUGGUAUGAGGCUGCUGUGA